AUGGCCUCUUCAAAGGAGCAGCCAUCUUCUCGUCCUGUCUCGGGCAGCUUUUCGAGGCCCACGUCUACCACGGCAAGACAACACUCUCAUUCCAUAUCCUUAGCACCCACGAACCCCUCUCAUCGAGUCAAUCGUCGGAAGAGUGUCAAUACUUCCACCACCGCGCAAGCCGCCAUAGCUGUUGCGUUGAGAGAACAGGGCGACGCGUCUGCUAUGUCGUUCCAAAACCACCGAAGAAGCUUGGGCUCCAGAAAGACGAUGGAGUCACAAAGUAUGAUUUCGAGACCGAGUAUGCACUCGUACUUCAAUGGCGCCGGCGCCUCUGGGAGUCGCAGUACCCAAGACAAUGAGGUCCUCGAGGACAACUCGCAGGAUGAGGACCAGGCAGCGUCUUCCAAGAGCACGAGCACCAAGAACAGAAACAGGCGGGCGAGCGAAGGGUCAUACCUGAUUAAAGGCGAGGGCAAGAAGUCGGCGUCGGAACUGCGCUGCGACACCUGCGGCAAGGGCUACAAGCACAGCAGCUGCCUCACCAAGCAUCUAUGGGAACACGACCCGGCUUGGGCGAUAACGUCUAAGUUGCUCAUUUCCAAGCAUCAGCAGGUCCAAUUGCUAGAAGCCGCUUCAGUGCUGUGCAACAUGACUUCGGAGGCUUCCGCAUCGAUGCAAUCCGAUCAUGAAGCAGCAGUCAUCGAUGCCAGUGAAGGAUCCUCGGCGUCGCCAGGCUUCUCCUCCUCUGAGAUGCACGACGACGUCAGUUCUGUUGAGACCACGCCGCCUCCCAUGAGCGAGCACGCCUACCCUGUUCCUGACGCCAAGCGCUACAGCAUCAGCAGCACCGGUUUCUCGCGCUCCUACCGAUCGAUUCCGUCAAGCUCUUACACUGAAAGCGUUCUAUCUCCCGGCCUGCCACCACAAAGAUUCUCCGGGAUCGAUUUCCGCCCUAGCACAUCUGGCACCGAUGAUGGCAGUCUUGCAGCAGCCACCGCAGGCCUUACAUUCGGCGGGACCCCUCGGACAAAGCCAUCUUACUUGGGCGCCGAUGUUCCGCCUGUACCACCCUUGCCACAACAGUACCAGUCCUUCAACAGCAAAUCGUCCGACAGUACAUUGACCAACGUAUAUAAUCCCUUGCUCCAGAUGCAUCCCCCAACUUUGACUCAAAACGUCUCGGACGAACGCAGCUACCGGGAGAGUCACGAGGACAAAGAUAUCGCCAUGGAUGACGAAGAAAUGUUCAAGAUGGAGGAAUAA